AUGAAGUUUUACAUAGAUGACUUGCCAAUUCUAUUUCCAUAUCCUAGGAUUUAUCCCGAGCAAUAUGCAUAUAUGUGUGAUAUAAAGAAGACAUUAGAUGUAGGUGGAAAUUGUAUAUUAGAGAUGCCUUCGGGUACUGGAAAGACUAUUUCGUUGUUAUCUAUAACGGUUGCAUACCAAAUGCAUUACCCUGAACAUAGGAAGGUUGUUUAUUGUUCUCGUACCAUGUCUGAGAUUGAAAAAGCAUUGAUAGAAUUGCAUAAUUUAAUGAAGUUUAGAGCUGAGCAAUUAGGUUAUGUGGAAGAGUUUAGAGGGUUGGGAUUAUCAAGUAGAAAAAACUUAUGUUUACAUCCGACUAUAUCGAAAGAACGUAAAGGAAUUGUGGUUGAUGAAAAGUGUAGAAGAGUCACUAAUGGGCAGUUAAAAAAAAAGAUUGAAAAUGGGUUAAUUAAUACAGAGCAAACACAAGAUCCAGAAGCUAAUGCAUUAUGCUCAUUUCAUGAACUGCUUAAUGAAAUGGAUCAGCAUAAUUUGAUCCCGGCGGGAGUGUAUUCUUUUGAUGCGUUGAUCAAUCAUUGUAAAGAGGUUGGUACUUGUCCAUAUUUCACAGUAAGAAGGAUGAUACCAUUUUGUAACAUUAUUAUUUAUUCAUACCACUAUUUGUUGGAUCCCAAAAUUGCUGAUCGUGUAUCCAAAGAGAUAUCGAAGGACAGUAUAAUUAUAUUUGAUGAAGCGCAUAAUAUUGAUAACGUCUGUAUCGAAUCCCUAUCUUUGGACCUUACCGACGAUACUCUUAAAAGAGCUACUCGAGGGGCUAAUAAAUUGGGAGAUGCGGUAGAUGAUAUGAAGUCACAGGAUAGCGAAAAACUUCAGAAUGAAUAUGAAAAAUUAGUAGAGGGUUUGAGGCAAGCCGAAAUAGCUCGCGAUGAAGAGCUAUUCAUGAGUAAUCCUACAUUACCACAAGAUUUAUUAGAUGAAGCUAUACCUGGUAACAUAAGAAAAGCUGAGCACUUUAUUUCAUUUUUGAAGAGAUUUAUUGAAUACUUGAAAACUAGAAUGAAGGUUUUACACGUCAUUAGCGAAACUCCUAUAAGUUUCUUGCAGCAUCUAAAAGAUCUAACAUUUAUAGAUAGAAAACCUUUAAAAUUUUGUUCGGAAAGGUUGUCUCUUUUAGUGAGAACAUUGGAACUUUCUGAAAUUGAAGAUUUCACAGCAUUGAAAGAUAUAGCUACUUUCGCCACACUAGUAUCAACUUAUGAUACAGGAUUUCAAUUAAUUUUAGAGCCGUUUGAGACUGAAGGCUCCACUGUUCCAAAUCCAAUAUUGCAUUUCACUUGCUUAGAUGCCUCGAUCGCCAUCAAGCCUGUGUUCGAAAGAUUUUCAUCAGUUAUCAUAACUUCAGGUACUAUUUCUCCGUUAGACAUGUAUCCAAAGAUGCUUAAUUUCCAGACUGUUAUUCAAGAAUCUUAUACAAUGACAUUAGCAAGAAGAUCGUUCUUACCAAUGAUAGUAACAAAGGGAUCUGACCAAGUGUCAAUUUCUUCAAGAUUUGAAAUACGUAAUGAUCCGUCCGUCGUUAGAAACUAUGGUUCCCUAUUAAUUGAAUUUGCCAAAAUUGUUCCGGAUGGGAUGGUUGUUUUCUUUCCGUCCUAUUUAUAUAUGGAAUCUAUUAUUUCUAUGUGGCAGAAUAUGGGUGUGUUAGAUGAAGUUUGGAAAUAUAAAUUAAUCCUUGUAGAAACACCUGAUGCACAAGAAACAUCUUUAGCGUUGGAGACUUAUAGGAAGGCAUGCUCUAAUGGGAGGGGUGCCAUAUUAUUAUCAGUCGCUCGUGGAAAAGUUUCUGAGGGUAUUGAUUUUGACCAUCAUUAUGGUAGAACGGUUUUAAUGAUCGGUAUUCCAUUCCAGUAUACUGAAUCCAGAAUCUUGAAAGCUCGUUUGGAAUUCUUAAGAGAUCAUUAUCAAAUAAGAGAAAAUGAUUUCUUAUCUUUCGAUGCAAUGAGACAUGCCGCUCAGUGCUUAGGUAGAGUCUUGAGAGGUAAAGAUGAUUACGGUAUUAUGGUCUUAGCUGAUAGAAGAUUCUCACGGAAGAAAAAUCAAUUACCUAAAUGGAUUGCUCAAGCAUUAAAUGAUUCAGAUACUAACUUGUCAACUGAUAUGGCUUUAGCUAAUGCUAAGAAAUUUUUAAGAAGUUUAGCUCAACCUACCAAUCCUAAUGACCAGGAAGGUGUAUCUGUUUGGAACUUAGAACAAUUAGAAAAAUUCCAGAGAGAACAUCAACAUCAAAUAAGUGCCGCCGAAGAGAAGCCUAAACAGGAGAAUGGUAACGAUAAUGAAGAAGAUGAUGAAUUCAUGGAUAUAGAUGAUGAUGAUUUAGCUUUACUUUAA